AUGGCGGACUACGAAGGGUAUCUGCUGCUACACGACGCGGGGCGACAGGCGGACCCGCUGUACUUUGAGCUCAAAGGCGGUUUGCUGCAGUUCUAUGACAAGAAGGAGGGACGCUGGAUGGGUCAGUUCUUCCUCACGAGACAUCGCGUAGUGGUGCAACCCGUGGACCACAGCCUCACGCCCAACCGCUUCUGCGUCGAGCUGAGCCCCGUGCGCUCGGUGCACGACACGGACCGCUCGAUUAAGCACUUUCGACGCACGCGGAUCAUUCUGGGCGCGUCGACACCGGAGGUUCAGUACAAGUGGAUGCGAGCGCUCAACACGUGGCAUCGGCGCAAUUGGAGGGACACGACCGUGAUCUCGGCCUUUGACGACGAAGCCAAAGCCCUACGGAUGCUCAUGAUCAUGUACCGUCUGGAGCUCAGGCUGCUGCGGGUGACGGACCUGAUACUGCGCAAGAUGAACAUGAGCCCUCGGUCCAGCAGCGACUUGACGUAUGACGACGCAGUAGGCGCAAAGCACCUGAACACUCCGAUACUAUGGCGCCAAGAGCCCGUGAGGUGA